AUGCUAAAAGCAACACAUAAUUUGCUUGUUCCUAAUUGGAAAGAAGACGUAGUUUACUUGAUUAUAUUUCCAAGAACUCAUUCAAUUCCUUCCUCAUCCCCUGCAUCAUUAAAAUUAGAAACAUGGCUUAGAAUGAAUAAUAUUAAAUAUCAGGCAAAUAAAUUUAUUUUUUAUUUAUAUAUUGUGAAUGUGAGUAACCAAUUUAAACAUGCUUCUGUGAAGGGCCAAGUCCCGUUUAUCGAAUUAAAUGGCCGUCAACAUGCUGACAGCAAUUUUAUCAUUGAACAUUUACGUUCACACUUUAAGUUGCCUAUCGACGGAAAUCUUAAUAGUUCUGAACGUGCUAAUCUACGAGCUUUUAGUUUGCUUAUUGAAGAAUCCUUCUUUAGGUGCCUCCAGUAUGAUUUUAGCAUUAACGCCUCAUGGAUUGGAACAGAUUCAGGCUAUUUACCUUAUUUUACUGGCGCCAAAAAAUUUAUCGCAAAAAAUUUAAUACCCAAAAAAUUUCAAUAUACGACAAAGAAAACGCUUAAUGCGCAAGGCUAUGGGCGACAUUCAGCUAAUGAAAUUGAGGAUAUCGCCAAAAAAGAUUUGAUGGCCCUAUCAACAUUUCUUGGGGAAAAGCCCUACUUUUUUGGAAACCAACCUUCAACGCUAGAUGCCACAGCAUUUGGAUUUUUAGCAACUUCACUUUAUGUGCCCCGGAAUUUAAAAGAGAUAAAUCAAUUUAUAGAAAAAAGUACCCCAAAUCUCAUGGAAUUUGUGAAACGGAUGAAAGAACAGUUUUGGCCAGACUGGAGCGAAAUUUGUGAACAAUUGGCAUUAAACACAGAGGAUAUAAAGAAAUGAGAAUAUCGGGAAAUAUCCUGAAUAUACUUGAGAAUAUAAAAUAAAAAUAUAUUUAAUUUUUAAAUAUCUAUGAGUAAUAUUAUGUACAUAAUUUUCAAAUAAAAAUACUAAAUAAAUUAUAUAAAAAUAUAAAAUAUAACCAAAAAAAUUUACUAAAAAAUAAAAAAAAAUUUUUUUAACGUCAUGUACCGCAGUUCCUCGAUUACUUAC